AUGUUCUCCACACUCCCUCCUUCUUCCCACCACGCAUUCCAGUCAUCACACUAUGCACCAGUAACACCAUCGCCGCUUUCAUCCUCGCCUUUACGCGCAUCACCCAAUCGCGAUGACAUCUUCAGCUUCGACAUGGCAAGCCUAACGCCGCCACAGACGAACCAGACGGAGCGAAGUAGCGAGGGUGCAUAUUCUGCGCGACAGACAAAGAAGAACCCCUUGAUUCACAGGAACGACAAUGACAAUGGGCGGGAAACACGACGGAAGUUGUUCUUACGACGCGUGAGGCAGGACAACGAAGAUAAGAGAUGGGAGAAGAGGGGUGGCGAUGAUGAGAUUAUGCGCACUAUCUGGAUUGCGGAGCAGAAGCGACGAGAAGAGAAACGAGCAAGAGAUGCUCAAGCCUGGGCUGGCAUUGAUGAGGAGGACUUGGACGAGGGCCAAUCGACGGAGAUUGGAAAAGUCAAUCCCUCUCAAGAUGAAGAAAUGGUCGAUGAGGUUGCACAACAGGAAGACGCCGAGAUGGAGGCUAUGUUAUCGAUGCUUGACGCGGAGUCGUGGGAUCCACCUCCGAAUCAAAGGAACCAGCACGAUGACAAUAAUACACCAUACGGUAGCGACGACGACGAGUACGACCAGUUGUUCAUGGAGAUCGGCUUUGAUGAAACGGGUGGUAACCCAGCCUCACCUCCCGUACAAAGUGGACGAGAGGCGGACCAGGAUAUGAUGGACAUGAGCUAG